AUGUGGUCGAUCGUUGAUUAAUGAUUUGUGACAUGGCGGCAGCUUGUCUUGUGCUUGUGGUCAGUUCGAAACUUCCACACGAUCGAACCUGCUAGCUAGCUGUGACAAUCAGAAAUAGUGAAUCAUUAUUGAUUGGGUCUUGAUUCAAUGAAUGUUGUAGACCAUUCAUCAUGUUCAUAGUGAUGGUACGGUACGAUCGAGUCUCGUGGAGUACAUGUCAGCUGUUGACUUCAGUGAUCGAGAAGAUUGCAAACUGUUCUUGAAGAAACCCACGCACAUGCAGCUUCACUGCCUUUCCCCAGAAGCUUCCUCAAAAACACUAGCAGGGAAGAAGGCUCCGACUACAGUACUGAAGUUAUGUAGACGAAUAGACCUACCAGUUUCAGUACACAUAUCGCGUAGCUACGGUACGGUAUUCGUGCAUCUACUGAGUGCACCACAAACUUGCGAUCUGUUCCGGUGAACAACUGAGCAGGAACAGGCUUUUCAAGCCGAUCAGCUUUCAAAGUGAAAUUUUGAUUUUUUUGAUAUUUGGAAUCAUGAAGCGACGAGGUAGUCGCCUCGACAUCAACGACCUCGGCAUCACGCCGUACAUGUCACCUGCAAAGAAACGUUGUCCAUCACCGAGCGAGCCGCUGUCUGUUCAACACAAAUCGUGGAGGCCAUCCCAUUUGGCAUCCUAUUUGAGGCGUCACGGAAUUGACAAUGACGUUGCCUCCAAAUUUGAAGGUGAGCGUGUCAAGGGUGAACACCUGUCGGAGAUCAACGAUGAUAUGCUGAAGGAAUGGGAUGUUCCCUUAGGUCAGCGCAUUGAGCUCAUGAAGAUUAUUAACAACAUCCUCGAUGAGACAGUCGACGAGGAAGCACCUCCACGUCUUCCCAAGGUGUUCAAUGAUCCUGUUCACGGGCACAUUGAGCUGGACUCGUUGCUGAUGCGGAUCAUCGAUACGCCACAGUUCCAGAGACUGCGCGACAUCAAGCAGUUAGGUGGAACAUAUUUUGUGUUUCCGGGAGCUAGUCAUAACCGAUUCGAACACUCUAUUGGAGUGUCUCACUUAGCGGGCUGUCUGGUUGGCAAGCUGCGACAGCGGCAGCCAUCGUUGAAGAUCAAUGAUGUGGACGUGCUGUGUGUUAAGCUGGCUGGACUCUGCCACGACCUGGGUCAUGGUCCCUUCUCACACAUGUUUGAUGCUCAGUUCAUCCCGAUGGUUGAUAGCCAGAGUGACUGGCGGCAUGAGGACGCAUCUGUGAACAUGCUGCGACACAUGAUCGAAGUCAAUGAGCUUCAGCAGGCGUUCUUUGAGCGUGGGAUCUCUGAACAGGAUGUUAUCUUCAUCGAGGAGAUGAUCGCUGGGCCUCAACAUGGGCAGGACUCGGACCGGGAUUGGAAGUAUGAGGGCCGUGGCAAGGACAAAAGCUUCUUGUAUGAGAUCAUUGCCAACAAGCGGACAGGCAUUGACGUAGACAAGUGGGAUUACUUUGCACGUGAUUGCCAUCACCUGGGCAUAGCCAACAUGUUUGAUUACCGGCGGUUCAUGCAGUUUGCACGUGUCAUUGAAGUUGAGAAAACGCUGCGGAUUUGCACUCGUGACAAGGAAGUGGGUAAUUUAUAUGACAUGUUUCACACUCGUGAUGCUCUGCACCGGCGUGCGUACCAGCAUAAAACGUCGAAUAUCAUCGAGACGAUGAUCUGCGAGGCCUUUAGCAAGGCGAACGAUCACUUCUUUCUGCCGGGCAAAGAUGGGAAGAAAGUCAAGAUGAGCGAGGCCAUUUACGACAUGGCGGCUUACACGCACUUGUCCGACCGUGUCUUCUACACAUUGCUGGCCAGUACUGAACCAGAGCUGAAAGAGACAAGACAGAUACUGCAAGCGGUCCAGCGUCGUCACCUGUACCGUUGCGUUUCGCAGAGCAAUGCGCCCACGGAAAAAACCUUUUCCACGUUUGACGCUCCUCGCCUUGCUCGUGCUAUUGUGAAAGCCGUUCCGGAGUCCUAUUUGAGCGAGAGGCAUUUGCCUGUUCUAACGGAGGGUGAUGUUUGCGUUCAGAUUGUGAACUUCAGCUACGGCAUGAGACACGAGGAUCCCAUCGAUCGCAUGCGCUUCUACCAGAAGGACCAGCCGAACAAGGCGUCGAAAGUUCGCCGAGAGCAAGUGAGCCGCAUGCUACCGGACAACUUUCUGGAGCAGAACAUUCGCCUGUACAUCCGAGACUCGCAGGACCGAGAUAAGCAGCGGAGCGCAUCUUGGUGCUUCCAGCAGUGGUGUGUCGAGAAUGAUUGCACAACACCUAGGGAUGGUGGCGAUCCGGACAUCUCACUGACGCCGCUCAAGAUGAGUCAGGACCCGACCGAGGCGAUGCAGUCCAGCCAGACACCGUCCUAUCCGGACGUUCCAAACGCAUUCGGAGGUCGCGCCACACCCAACGCGCCAAGCACUGUGUCGCAGAGGUUGCGAUUCAGCGGCUGAUUCGCUCCGGAGCAGGCCAUCACUGGCAGAAAUCUUUCCAACCUCCAGACCUAUUCUGAUCAUUGCCAGGUGUCUGAUCUUCUACUGAAUCGCAAAAAAAACAAUUGUUAUCCAGUAUAUUGGAGCCUAUCUCGGCUACAUUGCACCCUCGACAACACAAUGUCAUCUAGAACCCUGAUUUUUGUUUGUCUCUCAGACAUCUCGACUCACGGAAGGAAGCACUACGCCGCAUAAAACUAUUUUUGGUGAAACACGACGCCAACACGGGACCCGGGGAGGUCUCGGUAGAAUCGACUCUUCUAUUUUUUGCGCAGUAUUCAGUCGCCAGCUCAAGGAACCGUGUGAGUUUGGCCGUAGCUGUGAUUUUUUUUUAAAUUAAUUUAGCCACCGAGGUUCUCUUGCGAUAUCCUCUUGCUUUGUGUAUUUAUGCAGUAGACGUACUGCACAAUACACUGCGAUACAACCACCGCGGGUGAUAGCGGUGCUUUUUUUCUGGUUCCGCUAGUAUUUAUGGAUCUAUUCAGUUUUAUUUCGAAUGCGUUUGCUGUUUCUAGUGCGGCAAGCCUUCCGGCAGUCGUCGGUCUUCCUGAUAAUGACUGUAUGCUUGCUGCCUUCAUCCCAGUCGAUACUGCCUGGUCUCAGCCGUCUAUCCGAAUUAGUAUUCUAGUACUACUACAAGACCACACGGAGUAAAGUUGCGUAUCAUCCCUGUUGAAGUCUGCCAUUGUUACCAUGGCUGCUGCCAAUACUCAGCCAUGGUUACCAUGGCUGCCAGUAUCCAGCCAUGGUUAACAUGGCUGCUGCCAGUACCCAGUCAGGUACGGUAUGUUGCUUGAUUUCAUUGCACGUACGCUGUUUAACCCUUCAAGCAAGUCUGGUGCUUCCAAGUCAUUGCUGGAAAACAGGCUGCCAUGCUGGCGGCAUCUCCGCUAUUGCUUUGCAAUUGCCCUCCUCAAGGAAUGCAGUUAUUUGAACUUAUUUCCUUGUUCAAUACUGAAAAAGUUUGUUCUUGAA